AUGUCCGAUACUACCAAGCACAGCGAGCUUCCGGCGUCCCAGCCUGAGGCCGGCCCCUCGGGCGAUGCCGGCAACGACAAGCCUGUCGCCGCGCAAGACAACGCGAAGUCCCCGAUCACAGUGAAGGCCACAGGGGGCGUGCCCUACGAUAUUGUCAUCGUCCGCCCGCCCAAAUCAGUCUCGCUCAAGAUGACCAACACGAGCGACCUUUCCCGCACCAUCACCAUCUUCGGCAAGAACAGCUACAUCCGUGCCUCCGAGCUCGAGCGCCACAAUAUAGAGCACUCUGGGGCCUCGAUCAAGCUCUGCUGGGUAUCCCCUUUCCUCGAUGCCCAGGACGAGGGCGUGAAGGGGGACGGCCAAGGUCCGAAUCUCCUUUUUCACAACACCGAGUUCAUUGUCCUGCAGGACGACGAGAUGAAGGACCUUCCAGAGGCCGUGAUGGUGAUGCUCGGUUUGACCCGUGACGAUGAGCUGACGCCGGCGGUCAUGCGUGCGGCAUGA